AGUCGACACCAGCAACGCUGCUUCUCGUCUCCUGUUCUCUCUCCGCUCUAGCCUCUAUCGGUGCAUACCGACUGCGGAGUCGCAGCGCAGCGUCUCGUCUCCUCCAGCUGCAAAGCGUCUCUCCCUUCUUCUCUCAAUCAAGCUCAACGCUACGACGCUUGAAACCGCGGAGGGCGGUCCCCGUUGCCCGCUCUUGCCGCUCUGGGCUCCUCGACUUCGCCGUUUCCACGCCGUUUCCAGCUGCUCCCGUGCUCUCUCCUGAGUCGAGAUGAGGGUACGAAGGCAGCGGCGCCACCGCAAGGCGGUGAGGUUUUACACCGCCUGUUUCGGGUUUAGGCAGCCCUUCCGAGUCCUCUGCGACGGGACUUUCGUGCACCACCUCGUCGUGAACAAAAUCGCGCCCCCCGAUAAGGCCCUCUCCGACAUUCUCUCCGCUUCCGUCAAACUCUUCACCACCAGAUGCGUGCUUAAUGAGUUGAGAAGGCUGGGAGGCUCGCAUGCCCAUUCACUUAACGCUGCAAAAGAUCUCAUGAUUGCCAGAUGUGAUCAUGAGGGGAAGAUGAAAGCUGACAGUUGCAUCUUGGAGAUUAUUGGGGAAAACAAUCCCGAGCACUUCUUUGUUGCUACUCAGGACACUGAUCUGCGGAGGAAGCUUCUGGAGAUACCAGGAGUCCCUGCCAUAUAUGGUCUUAGGAACGCUCUUUUUCUUGAGCAACCGUCCACAACUCAGCGCCAAUUUGUGAAAACUUCUGAAGAAGGACGCUUGCAUAUGACAGAGUUGGAGCGUAAGAUGUUAAAAAAAAGGACUAAUAUUCUCGGGGCCAAGAUGUCAGAAGACUCUUCUGAUGAACAGGAAGAUUCUGGAGAGCAAAAUUUGGAGUCAUCAGCUUUGACAAAGCCACAAGCAGUCAACAAAAUAUUAGGUGUAAAAGAUAAAGUUCAGUUUAAGAGAAAGAAAGCAAAGGGACCAAAUCCACUUUCUUGUUUGAAGAAGAAGGCCCAUGAAAAUUCUAAGCCUAGUUCCGAGAAGGAAAAGAAGGAUGGCGAUGGUACCGUCAGAAGUAGAGGUAGGAAACGAAAGAGGUCGCGGAAAGGGAAAAUUUCUUCAGAUGUAGGUGCUGGUUGAGCUUUCUCAAGGUUUUCACUUCCUUGAGAGUGCAGUUUUGGAGGCCUGCGAAAGAAGUUUUGUAUUGUGAUGUUCCAUAUUUUUUCACACAAUUUUAGAUCAGAGUCAACUUUCUGGUCCGGUUUUAUUGCCCUUUGUCAUUGUUAUAAUGUGAAGCUUUGUACGCUAGUUUGAAUUUAUCUUGGAAGUGCGAUGGUCUUCCUUCACCUCUC